UGUGACAACGUUAAUUAUUUCUGACAUUGUUUCGGUGCUUUCACUUUUAUUUAUUAUAUUAGAAUAUUAGAUUAUAGUUUUACAAUGGCUCCGAAUUUUAGUAAAAUUACUUCAAGAACAGAUGUUAAGAUUGCGAUAGCUGCUACGGCGGCAAUAAGUGCAUGGUUAAUAAAGAAUUCCAUAAAAACUAGUAAAACAAGAUGUACACGGCCUGGACAACUCUCUCCAGAGGAGAGAGUCCAGUACAUGAUAAAAGAAAAGAACAGAAAGGAUCCCAAGGCACAAGUUGAUGCAAGAUUCUUUGCAGAACUGAAAGUACUAUGGAAGAUUAUGGUGCCUGGAUUGUGGUCAAAGGAGAGUGGUUUCAUGGUGUUAAUAGCAAUUGCUCUUAUUUCAAGAACUAUGUGUGAUUUAUGGUUAAUCCAGCAUACUACAUUAGUUGAAGGGUCUAUCAUCGCAAUGAAUCACAAAGAGUUUAGGCGACUGAUAGGACAAGUUUUCCUUGCAAUGCCACUGAUAUCUGUGGUGAACAAUGUACUAAAAUGGAGUAUAGGCGAAACUAAAUUAAGGCUUAGAACAAAUCUUUCAUUAUAUUUAUAUCAAAAAUAUCUCAAGGGUUUCACUUACUAUCAAGUGACAAACUUGGAUAAUCGGAUAUCGAACGCGGAUCAGUUAUUGACCACUGAUAUUGAUAAGUUCUGUGACACAGUUAUUGACCUCUACAGUAAUAUUAGCAAGCCUCUAUUGGACAUUGGACUUUACCUGUAUAGACUAACAGUAAACUUAGGCCCGUCGACACCUGGUAUAAUGAUGGCAUAUCUGUUAGUGUCUGGCAUGUUUUUGACAUAUCUAAGACGACCUACGGCUCGUAUGACGGUUCAAGAACAAAAACUUGAAGGUGAAUUCAGAUACGUGAAUUCGAGGCUAAUCACUAACUCAGAGGAGAUCGCCUUUUACCAAGGAAACAACCGCGAGAAGCUGACGCUGCUGGCCAGCUUCUACAAGCUGACGCGGCAUUUACGCAACUUCCUCAAUUUCAGAAUCGCCAUGGGCUUCGUAGACAACAUCAUCGCCAAAUAUGUGGCAAUAAUUGUCGGAUUCUAUGCAGUUUCUCGUCCCUUCUUUGUCAAGGAUCACAAUUUACUCACGACCAGUACUGAAAAUGAUCGAUUUAAGCACUAUUACACAUAUGGACGCAUGCUGGUGAAGAUGGCGGAAGGUAUAGGACGUCUGGUGCUGUCAGGCCGCGAGCUCAGCAAGCUGGCAGGUCUGACUGCGCGCGUCACUCUGCUCAAGAAUGUGCUAGAAGAAGUCAACGCCGGCAAUUACAAGCGCACCAUGCUGGAUAAGAAUCAUCAUAAUACUAACGGUGGAGGUCCGCUGGCGCUGGCGCCAGGCGCGGGUCGCAUCAUCUACAAAGACAAGAUCAUCUGCUUCGACAAGGUGCCACUUGUCACACCCAACGGAGAUGUGCUCAUCAGAGAACUUACCUUCGAAGUGCGUUCUGGUAUGAAUGUGUUGGUGUGUGGACCCAAUGGGUGCGGCAAGUCCUCAAUGUUCCGAUUGCUGGGAGAACUGUGGCCCCUGUUUGGUGGUACUCUCACCAAACCUCCACGAGGCAACCUCUUCUACGUCCCUCAGAGACCCUACAUGACCCUCGGCACCCUUCGCGACCAGGUGAUCUACCCGCAAAGUCGCGAGGAGAUGUUGCGGCGAGGACGAUCUGAUGAUGAGCUGGCUCGCUUCCUGCAGCUGGUGCAGCUUGCCUACCUCGCUGACAGAGAAGACGGCUGGGAUGCUGUUGAGGACUGGAUGGAUGUACUCUCUGGUGGCGAGAAACAGAGGAUAGCUAUGGCGCGGCUGUUCUACCACGAGCCGCAGUUCGCGAUACUGGAUGAGUGCACGAGCGCUGUCUCCGUCGAUGUGGAGGGACAAAUGUACCAAUACUGCAGAGAGAUGGGAAUAUCAUUGUUCACGGUGUCACAUCGCAAGUCAUUGUGGCAACACCACGACCAUUACCUGCGCAUGGACGGCCGCGGCUCCUACGAGUUCGCCGCCAUUGAUAAAGAUACGCAGGAAUUCGGCUCCUGAUCUACACACGACCAUCAUGUACAUACUAAUGACAU